AUGGAGAAAACGAAGAAAGUAGACAAAUUAUCAUUGGAUCCUCAACGAGAAUUUUUGGACAUGGAUACAGACGACGAAGAUUUUGAUCGACAAGAAAGUCCCGAAACCGAAGAGGAGCAAUCUUCUGAACCAAUCAAACCAGUCUUUGAUAAACAAGAUUUAGAUAAAUUGGUACAAUAUGUAAAAGAUUUCACGAUUCUUCCUAACAUCAAGGACUCCGAUUGGAAAGAAGAUUGUUAUACAAUAAUUCGCGAAUAUUUCGAAAAUCCAGCUCACACAUUAUUAUGUAUAUAUUUUCAAGUUGAUAUACUGAAGGCACGAUUAAGCAUCUUGGAUGAUAAUCAUAGCGAUUUCAUUUAUUUUUUACGAAUACCUUGGCACGUGUUUACAGUCGAUAAUUUUCAUGCCACAGUUGUCUUCGGCAGCAUCAAUCGUAACGCAAUAAUGUGCGUGUUGAAAGUAAUGGAAAAUAUGUAUGUCUCCGUCGCACGUAAUAGUAGCGAGUGGCCAGAGAUUAUCAGAAACAAUCUGUUUUUCAAUCUACACAAUUUUCUAAUGUGCUUAACUGAAUGGGUUUACAAGCCGAUGGGUUUAACCAAAUUAUAUAUACCGGGAGAAAAUCUAUCUGAUAUCGCGACACUGCAGAGAGAUAAAAAGUCAAAUUCAUCCAACAAUGAGACAAAUGGUCUGCAUAUUUCUAAGGAAUUGCAAGAGUCGGAAAAGGCAUUGAUUGAUAGAUUUGAAAAAAUUGUACGAUAUUGGAUCAAACAGAUACGGCAAGUAUUGACAAGUACAUCCACAAGCAACAGUGGACGAACUGUAUUCGAUGAGUUGCAAUAUUGGACAACGAAAUAUUUUAAUUUACGUUGUUUGCACGAUCAAUUAUCAAAUAUGGAAAUUCAAUCGAUAUUGCAUCUGUUAGAGAACGUUUGUUCGCCGAGCAUAGAUUCCUUUCAAUUUUUAACGUUACAGCUUUGCGAAAGCUUAGAACAAGCUGCAUCCAAUAUAAUGUAUCUGAAUAUUCUAUCAGAGGCUUGUAAGAACCUGAAAUGUCCAAGCGAGAUUGAAAAGCCCAUAAUGAAAAUAUUGUUACUGAUACUGUUCAUCUGGACAGAAUCCCCAUUUUAUAAUAUGUCGAAUAACAUAGAAGUGCUUUGUGAAUCUAUAAGCAUACAAAUAGUACAUCAAUGUAAAAAUUAUGUCAAUUUACAAGUAAUAUUAGAAGGCGAUACAGAAAAUGGAAUAAAUAUACUUCGGAAGUGCAUCUCUUGUUGUCAAAUAUAUAAGACGAUAUAUAACAAAGUUACAAAGAUAACUGCGCUUAUUAAAUCGAAUAGUAAUUGGGAUGUAAACGAACAAUUAAUAUUUAAUUACAUUGAUACAUUUAUGCAAAGAUGUUAUGAUAUAAUUGAAAUAUGCAAUACUUCAACAGUGUUUGGAAAGUGUACUAAUGUGGGAAUGAUUGGCGGACCAAAUGGUAUUAAAUAUGACGCUUGUUGUCGCCAAAUAGAGAAUUUAUUUUCUGAGAUUCUCGAUGAAAUAAAAUUGAUCCGCCAUGAAAUUUUAGACGUUACAAAAUUUUCGUGGCUAGAGAACAUGCUGAACUUCAGGAACUUUGUGAUGGAAUUAGAGAACAUGAUAAAAAAUUUGAUCGACUGCAUAUUUGAUGAGAUUAAAAAUGUUGAAGAAGGUAUUGAGGCAAUUUAUGCUUUACAACGCUUUAAACAUAGAGAAUCGUUGCGAGAUUUAUUAUCAAGGAAAUGGGUGCAGGUUUGGGAAAUGUUUGAUAAAGAAAUUGAAAAUUGUAAUUAUAAUAUGAUUUUAUGUGAAUCGUAUUAUACUCCGUUUCAAUGUUACUCAAAAGAUGUAAUUAUGCUGUGCAUUAAACAAUAUUUAGAACGAUUAUUUCAUAUCAUGAUUGAUACGUCCGAUUGGAUAGGAGAUUGUGCAGCUGAGAUGUAA